AUGGCUCAAGUACAGCAAUUACAAGAUGCACCACCUGUACAAGUAAAUGUUCCUAGAACCAACCGAGAAUUAAGUACCGUCCCCUAUCAAGACUUCUAUGUAGGUGAUCAAGACCCAAUUACAUGGCUUGAAGAUAUAGAGAAAGCAUUCGAUGCAAACAUGAUCCCUGAUAAUCGAAAGAUUUCAGUAAUAGUUCCAAAAUUGAGGGGACCAGCGGCGAAUUGGUAG